AUGGGCCCCUGUACCGCCUCCUCAUGCUGCUGCCAGGCCCGUAAUCUGCCAUGGGCCCCCGUACCGACUCCUCAUGCUGCUGCCAGGCCCGUAAUCUGUCAUGGGCCCCUGUACCGCCUCCUCAUGCUGCUGCCAGGUCCAGAGUGUGUCAUGGGUCCCUGUACGGCCUCCCAUUGCUGCUGUCUCCAUCGCCACACUCUGCCAUGUGCCACUUUCAGGUCUCCUCACACUGCUGGUGGGUUCCAUUUUGUCAUAGGGUGCUGUAUGGCCUCCCAUUGCUGCUGCCUCCACCGCCACACUGUGGCUCCACACUCUGGUUUUGGCCCCGUGACUGCCCAAAUGAGUGAAGUGUGCGGUGAUUCUAAGAUCGACGGCACUCAUCUGCAUGUCAUACUGACUGACAGUAUUAUUUCUCUUCCCAGCAGACUCCAAGGCAUUUAAAUUAAAGGUACAGUGUUCUGCACUAAUAUAA